UUCAGAAUACAACACCUUUUGAUCAAAGUAGAUCACUCACAAACUGGAAUAUAAUUUCCACAACACACUCCCUCCCUUACACAUAACCAUUGAAAUUGGGAAACAAUAAAUUAAUAAACGCGUAAUUAUUAUGGAGUACAAUCGACAGCCGUGUCCCAUAAGGAUUGUGGAGGACUGUGGCUGUGCCUUCCUGAUGGGCACCCUUGGCGGAGGACUCUUCCAGUAUCUUAAGGGCUUCCGGAAUGCUCCGGCCGGACUCAUGCGCAGCAUUUACGGUGGCAUAGACUCCGUGAAGAUGAGGACACCGGCUGUGGCAGGUAGCUUUGCCAUUUGGGGCGCCACCUUUAGCACCGUGGACUGUGCCAUGAUCACGUACCGUCAACGUGAGGAUUCCUGGAACUCGAUAGUCAGUGGAGCUGCCACUGGGGCCAUAUUAUCAGCUCGCAAUGGCAUUCGGGCCAUGGCCAACAGUGCCUUUGUGGGCUGCCUCGUUUUGGCCAUGAUUGAGGGUGCUGGCGCUGUGGUGGCCACCAUUUAUGCAGAUGAUGGAAGUGAAACCGCAACCAUAACCAUUGAUAUCCAGCCGCAGCCGCAGAGGGCCCAAUGGGAGCCAAUCGAUUUCGUGGCCAUAACUCCAAGUCAGAAUCAGAAUCAGAAUCAGAAUCCGAAUCCAAAACCCAAACCGAAACCGAAAGCGGAAGUGAUGCCAGGUCAAGAGUCAAUGGUGGAGGGUUUCGAGCGGGUAUUGGAAAAAUGCCGGGAAUACAGAGAUGCAAAGGCUGGCGAGCCAAGAGCUUUAAUUGAUCUAAUUAAGCUGGCCGAGAUUAUCUAAUAAUAUUGCAUCCACAAAGCUGUAUUUCGUGUUAAGUUAAUACUUGUUUUUCAAAUUAUAUUCAUGUAAAUUGGCAUCCAA